GCUGAUUGGACUCGAUGACUUUAGUAUUGUGUAUGGACAGACGAGUCAACAUAUUCUUUGCUUAUAAGGAUGUGCUGCAGUACAGAGGUAUAACUAAAGACAGACAACUGGUGACGUCAUAUGUUACACGAUGACUCAGCGACAACUGCAUGCUAUGGACUAUGCAGACUGGCAUGCUCAGAACAUUCUUGCCAAGCAUGCUAAGAAACGGCCUUUGGGACUUAUUGAGAAUAAAUACAACAUCACCCUAGCUCAGCCGUUGCUGACGUGGAAUGGUGUAGACAUCGACAUCACGGGCAGCAGGACGUUUCGGCCCAAGUCAACGGCGGAAAUCAUCAAGGAACAGCACAAGUCCAUUCACAAGCUCUUUGAAAAGUCACGCAACAUCUCGUCAGCGCCCACAAAACGAGUGACAUCGGCAAAACGCCAUCCACAUCACAACAACAUCAACAUUGAGGUCAAAGGAAAGCCGAUCUCCAGUGCGUUUAGACCAUUCCAAGCAACCACGAAGCCUGUUCAUCCAUCAACACGGCCAAAAACAACAGGUAACCUACAACGUAGCAAGUCGUCGUUUAUGGUGGUCAAGGUUGACCCUGACCUGAUAAAGACGAGUGGGUUUGACCGCGACCUCACACAGCAGAUUCACAACCAGUUCCAGACUAAGAACCAUGACCUUAGCAAGGGAAUGUUCGUCCGGGGCAAGAAGCGGCCGGAAACCGUCCCCACCAAGACCGAGGCGUGGCUAACGUUCGGGGGAGCCCAGAGUGACGCGUCGACGGGGGUGGUGGAUGCUUUUGCUUCAUGGAGGAACUCUGACCAAUACUACGCUAUAGACGGCAGUGUCGGCAGCAAGGUGGCCCAGCAUCUGGAGCGAGGAGACAAAAUAAGAAUCGGUAUUAAUGGCGUCGUGCAGUCACAUGACCUGAAAAUUAACACCGACUGGAAGGAGGAACAAGAGAAGGAAAAUGAGUUCCCUGCUGAAGAUGACCUGGAUUUCUAUUUCCGUGAACUGUCUACUCUGAUGGAUGAGAAGAAGACAUCGUUGGAGGCCAUGGCUCCUCUCGGUUCUCUGGCUCCACUCAGUUGGGACGACCAGAUCAAGAUGGCCGAGGCCAAGAUAAUGACCCCUCGCCUCGCACCAGACGGCUCGCUCAAACCGAGAAGUACUGAUUGUCAACCGGUGAUCUUCGAAAAGCUGACUGGCGUGACAGCCCCAGGACACAGAACCUGGGCCACUCGGACUGGGGGCUACCAGGUGAAACACCGGCUCAAGUCUCAGCAUCCCAGACCACCGGCAGACUUGAAGGAACCGCGAGCAAACCGGAUCAAGGUGGUGUCGAUUGACCACCGCAGUGUGGAGGAAGAGGAUGUUGUCAACAGUCUCUCCGUCGACGAGGUUUUGAGGUUGACAGUGGAGAAAUACCACGCUGAGAACGGCAAAGAAACGGGUUCGCGUAAUGACGUGGGUAAAGAGAAGAAACGCGGCGGUGUCGGUGGUGUUACGGACGUCAAUAACUCCUCCACGUUGACGCACCACGCCGGCGGCAGUGAAGCUCUGAGUGGCCAGGCUGGAGAUCAUUCGGACAAGUCGGUCCGUGCAUCCAUCCGGCAUCCGUCCAGUGAUCUGAGCAUCGUGACGCCGGGAGCUAGGAACAAACCAGCGUUCAGUGAAACAUCCAGCAGUUACAAGAGAACCUCAGCAAAGCCUCCCAAAGGUCACAGGGUUGGAUUUCUGGGUGUCGGUACGACCCUGAGGCAUGAGACCUUGGGCGAGACCGAGUACAUACAGAUCUCUUCUCGGAUCGGAAACAUCAAGCAGGCUCCUGCACCAUCUCACCAACAGCAGCAUACAGCAGGAGGUGAAGCAGGUUCUCUCGAGAGAGUCACGGGACUCGUUCUUGAUGAUGUCCUCAUGCACACUCCUCUGGCUCCGCAGACCUCGUGUGUUACGAAGGUGGAUGAUGUCAGCUUCAUGCCUGAUGACAUGGCAGGUGGGCCACCCAGCCCCGUGUCCUCGUAUAUGAAGUCCCCUUCCACAUCCUUCCAGAUCAGCAUCCCGACCGGUGAUGAUGCCUCCGAUGGCGACUCCCAGCUCCACACGUCUCCGAUGAGGAAGAUGUCUCCGACAGAGGACGAUGGACAGGAUGCGAUGACGGGGCAAGGGAAGAGAGAAAUGGACGUCCAGAAGAAACAGAUUGAUGACAUUACCACUCUGCUGGCUGGGAGUCUCAUUAAUGGAGAUGGUGUUCAUGCAGACGAGAUAGAACAUAAAGAUGAUGAUACUGAAAGAUGAUUGUGCUGAAAGAUGAUGAUACUGAAAGAUGUUUGUGCUGAAAGAUGAUUGUUUGUGGGAAUUUUUUUUUUUUAAGUCUUAUAAUUCUUAUAUGAAACACAAGAUCAUGUUGACAUAAAACUGACUGAGAGUUUUCCAUUGCUUGUGAUUAAGGUCUUGUUACUUAAUUGUUUUGUGGUAACUCAAAUGUAGACCAUACUAAUCAUUUUUGAAACCGGAUUUUACAAAUUAAAUUUAAUUAAAUUUACUAGUAUUUUUAUUUGUAAAUUUUUAGUACAGUGAGCUGACAUGUUGUAUUUAUUACAAUGCAUACUCCCAUACUUAUGCUACACAGAUGGGAUGAUCAUAUCAAAAACAAAAAUAUUUAAUUAAUGUAUUGUUUAACGAUAAAAAAACAAAUGGCAGCAGAAAUGUUAAAACGUAAAAAUAAAUUAAGAAAACCCAUGAGAUAAAGUGGGCUUUAAUUGAAAAUAUUAUUGAUAUAUUGUUUGCUUUUUUUUCAUUUUCAAAACUACUGCUAUAUCCCAUUUGUUGUCAAGUAAAUUACUGUGGUAGUUGUACUAGGUUUCACGUGAAACAAUAAAACAAAGAAAGUUAGCAUUUUAUGAUCAAGUGGUUUAUUUUGCAUUAGUGUAAUGGUCUGAAGACAUUUUCUUUUUAGCCUCAAACAUUUAAUUAUUUUAUUGUAUAUGUUCAAAUAAAAAUACAUUAAUUGAGUGUGGCAUAGUGGUUGAGAAAACAGGAUAAUCAAAUCAAACAUUUCAUUAUUUUAACAUUUUUCAAUACAAAUCAUUAAUUGAACGUGACCUAGUGGUUGAGAAGGCAAGGUAAACCAAUCAAACAUUUCACUGUUCUAUUGUAUAUAUUUUCAAAUAAAUAAUAACAUUAGUUCAGUGUGUUUGUGAUGGAGAAGGCAAGAUAAACCAAUCAAACAAUUCAUUAUUCUAUUGUAUAUUUUUAAAUAAAAAACAUUGAGUGACAUAGUGGUUGAGAAGGCAAGAUAAACCAGUCAACCAAUUCAUUAUUCUAUUGUAUAUAUUUAAAUAAAAAACAUUGAGUGACAUAGUGGUUGAGAAGGCAAGAUAAACCAGUUAACCAAUUCAUUAUUCUAUUGUAUAUUUUUAAAUAAAAAACAUUGAGUGACAUAGUGGUUGAGAAGGCAAGAUAAACCACUCAACCAAUUCAUUAUUCUAUUGUAUAUAUUUAAAUAAAAAACUUUGAGUGACAUAGUGGUUGAGAAGGCAAGAUAAACCAGUCAAUGUUAUUCUAUUGUAUAUUUUUAAAUAAAAAACAUUGAGUGACGGUGGUUGAGAAGGCACAAUAAUGCAAUGAAACAUUGACAGGGAUUUAUUCAGGUGUUCUGUGAGUCAGAACAUAGUUCCCUUUCCAUAUGAAAGUGGCACGGAAAAUUCACAAUUUCUAUGCUAAAUAUUCCCAAUAUAUAUAUAUACAGUCAAACUUUGUUAUCUCAAUGUUGAAGGGACCAGACCAACAAGCUCAAGAUAUCGGUAGCUCGAGAUAAAAAUAACAGUAGCUGAUGAAAAUUAACCCAAACAUAAAUUUAUGCUGAUGAUAAUUAUCCCAAACAUAAAUUUAAAUAAACUAAAAUAAACCUUGAAAGCUACCGAUACUAGCAACAACAAUAUUAGUGUUUAAUGCAACUGUGCGUUUUAUUAAGUGGCCGAAUUUAGGGAAGAAAGAAGAAGGAAAUGCCAUAUAAAAUUAAAACCCUAAACAUAAGUAAAAAAGGAUUCAUUUUACAUGUAAUUUUGUUUAUAUAUACUUCGAGAAAAAAACAGGAAAAUGUACUUAGGGACACCAAAAUAUGUUCGAGAUAAGCCUCAUACUCGAUAUUAGCAUGCUCGAGAUAACAGUGUUUUAUUUUGUAACAUUACAUAGGAAGAUUGCUGGGACCGGCACUGGACCUCGAGGUAUGUUGGGUACUCGAGUUUACAGAGGUCGAGAUAACGAAGUUUGACUGUAAUUUAUGUGUUGUAAUAAAUUAAUUUAACAGUGGCGUACUGCAUCAUUCAGUGGUAUGUAAAAUAUCCCAUGUAUUAUUUACUUGCACUAAAUUCCCCAAUCUCAUCAUUCAGGGGUCUGAAAAAUAUCCCAAGUAUCAUUUACUCGCACUAAUUUCCCCAAUCUCAUCAUUCUGUGGUCUGAAAAAUAUCCCAAGUAUCAUUUACUCGCAUUAAUCUCCCCAAUCUCAUCAUUCAGUGGUCUGAAAAAUAUCCCAAGUAUCAUUUACUCGCAGUAAUUUCCCCAAUCUCAUCAUUCAGUGGUCUGAAAAAUAUCCCAUGUAUCAUUUACUCGCAUUAAUUUCAUUCAGUGGUCUGAAAAAUAUCCCAAGUAUCAUUUACUCGCAUUAAUUUCCCCAAUCUCAUCAUUCUGUGGUCUGAAAAAUAUCCCAAGUAUCAUUCACUUGCACUAAUUUUCCAAUCUCAUCAUUCAGUGGUCUGAAAAAUAUCCCAAGUAUCAUUUACUCGCAUUAAUUUCCCCAAUCUCAUCAUUCUGUGGUCUGAAAAAUAUCCCAAGUAUCAUUUACUCGCAUUAAUUUCCCCAAUCUCAUUAAUUCUGUGGUCUAAAAAUAUCCCAAGUAUCAUUUACUCGCAUUAAUUUCAUUCAGUGGUCUGAAAAAUAUCCCAAGUAUCAUUCACUUGCACUAAUUUUCCAAUCUCAUCAUUCAGUGGUCUGAAAAAUAUCCCAAGUAUCAUUUACUCGCACUAAUUUCCCCAAUCUCAUCAUUCUGUGGUCUGAAAAAUAUCCCAAGUAUCAUUUACUCACAUUAAUUUCCCCAAUCUCAUUAAUUCUGUGGUCUGAAAAAUAUCCCAAGUAUCAUUUACUCGCAUUAAUUUCCCCAAUCUCAUUAAUUCUGUGGUCUGAAAAAUAUCCCAACUAUCAUUUACUCGCAUUAACUUCCCCAGUCUCAUUAAUUCUGUGGUCUGAAAAAUAUCCCAAGUAUCAUUUACUGGCACUAAUUUUCCAAUCUCAUGAGAUAUGGGCUGUAGUAUAUACUGUCCUGUCAGUGAGAAAGUGCAUAUAAAAGAUUUCCCCCAAUCUCAUGAGAUAUGGGCUGUAGUAUAUACUGUCCUGUCUGAGAAAGUGCAUAUAAAAGAUUUCCCCCAAUCUCAUGAGAUAUGGGCUGUAGUAUAUACUGUCCUGUCUGAGAAAGUGCAUAUAAAAGAUUUCCCCCAAUCUCAUGAGAUAUGGGCUGUAGUAUAUACUGUCCUGUCUGAGAAAGUGCAUAUAAAAGAUUUCCCCCAAUCUCAUGAGAUAUGGGCUGUAGUAUAUACUGUCCUGUCUGAGAAAGUGCAUAUAAAAGAUUUCCCCCAAUCUCAUGAGAUAUGGGCUGUAGUAUAUACUGUCCUGUCUGAGAAAGUGCAUAUAAAAGAUUUCCCCCAAUCUCAUGAGAUAUGGGCUGUAGGAUAUACUGUCCUGUCUGAGAAAGUGCAUAUAAAAGAUUUCCCCCAAUCUCAUGAGAUAUGGGCUGUAGUAUAUACUGUCCUGUCUGAGAAAAUGCAUAUAAAAGAUUUCCCCCAAUCUCAUGAGAUAUGGGCUGUAGUAUAUACUGUCCUGUCUGAGAAAAUGCAUAUAAAAGAUUCCUUGCUGCAAAUGGAAAAAUGUAGCGGGUUUCCUCUGAAGACUACGAGUCAGAAUUACGAAAUGUUUGACAUCCAAUAGCUGAUGAUUAAUUAAUCAAUGUGCUGUAGUAGUGUUUUUGAAUAAAACAGAGUUUUAACGUUUUAUUGUGCACAAUAUUAAAGUUUGUAUGUGGCCCAACCCAAUAAAUAUACUUUUUGCUAUACCUUGAUGAAUUUGUAACAAAAUCACUUGAGAUGUCAUAACAGAAACUAUUGACAAAAGAUGUGUCAACAUCAGUACUGCAUUAUAUUUUUGGGGUUGAGGGUUUUUGCCACUUAAUAUCCAUCUUUGUUCAAUCAGUUUGAAGAAUCUAACUGUUGUUAUCAACAAAUCAUGAAAAUUAAUAUUGGUAGACCAGUCCUGGUGCUUAUAAAACUUUUUGUGUCUAGACUCGAGACUAUAGACGAGACAUGAAUUUCAUCGCAACGCCAUACAAAUUACAUGUGUGUGACGUCAUUAGAGAUUGAGUCUGGACUCUAAAAGUUUUAUAAGCCCGGGCCCAGAUGACUGUACUUAUAUGUGUAAGAUUUAUUUAUAGCUGUAAAUUUUAGUUGUUUUUUAAACUGUCAUUGCAAACUGAGAAAUGAGUUUCAAUUUGAACUGAACUCAGUCACCUGACCUAUUUCAGUAUUAACACUUGAUGUAAAUACGUUAGUACAUUAUACUUCACUUUGCAUGUACAGUAGUAUUAUGCUAUGCUCAGACUACCAACUGGCAACAAAAGGUUGGCCAACUUUCUGCUGUCACGACUUCUACGACUGUCCACUUGCUAGUCUAAGCACUCUUACUACUCUAUUCUCGUCAUAUAACCCAUUAUAAAGUCGGGAAUUGGGGAAAUUACAACACAACUGUUGAGUUGGCUAACUCAGCUGGCAGUUGGUAGUUUGACACUAGUAUUAGGCUGCAGUCAGAUUUAUCAGGGUUUUUUUUUUUUACAUUUGCACUGCACCCUCUCCUGUUCAGUUGUAUUGAAAUCAAUAGGUGUGAACAGAUCUGUCUGCUCCAACUUCCACACAUUAUAACAGAUCUGUCUGCUCCAACUUCCACACAUUAUAACCAUCUGCAAUGCAAUCAAAUUUGGUGGAUGAUGAAUAAUGUAUGUUGAUGUGUAUGUGGAUGAGAAAAAAAAAAGAGAAUAAAUCUGACAGCGGCCUUAUACAGUUUCAAAAAUGUAUGAGCAUUUUGUCUCAUUUUGAUCAUGUUAAAAAUCCAGAUAUAGGUACAGUGAAACCCCUCUAAACCGGACACCUUCAGGACCAAAGUAAAAUGUCCGGUUUUAAGAGGUAUCCGGUUUAGAGAGGUUAAAUUCUUUACUGAUUUUUAAAAAAGGGACUGAAAAAUGUCCAGUUUUGAGGGAAUUCUGGUUUACAGAGGGUCCGGUUUUGAGAGGUUUCACUGUAUUACUUUAUCAUCAACAGCUGCAGCAUCAAUGAUAGCUUUUGCAUAGAGAUGUAACUCCAACAUUUACGUUUUUCGUGUUUGACUCUUAGACUUCUGAAAGUUUUUAUUACCAGUAGUUGCAUCUGUGUAUGUUUAUUUUAAGUUUUUUUUUUUUUUUUUUUCUUAAAUUAAAACAAUGUUUUUAAUUAUUUAAUAAAAAAUUAAAAAAUUAAGUGUAUAUUUAAUAUUCUAUUUAUAACCACUGAACCACCGAGGCCGGUUAACAUCUGUUGAUGCAGCCAUUAGUAAUGCUGAAUACAUUUACAGUAGUCAAGACAUUUAUUUUUUCAGAAUUCCUGUUUUGUAUCUUUUUAUGAUUUUAAUACAUUUGUUAUUACUUAAAUUAUUGACAUGCUCUUAAGAUGUCUGCUUUAAAAACAAGUGCUGUUUUUGAAGCAAGGAUGUUUAUGGUAACUAUUUCACCUAAAUAUCUAUUUUUUUUAUAUACAUGUAUAUACUAUGCUUAAACACUGUUUACAUUUCAAGCAAUGGUGGCAGUUUUAGUACAUUUUUGGAGAAUUAUUUUUACAUGGUCUGUAUAUUUUAUUACUGUUUAUAUUUAUAUGUGUAGGGAUUGUUAGUGAAGCUAAGGUGAAGCUUUGUCCGACUCCCAAUAGCUGAUGUAUUUUUCAUGUUGUGGUAUCAUUGUACAUAUCAUUCAUUCAUUCAACUUGAUACUAAUAAAUAUUUAUUUUUA